UGGCUUCAGAGACCUUCUUCAAACUCAACUCAAUAUUUCGCCUAUCUCACCUUCUUCCAACUUUACCUUUUCCCUCAUCGAACUCACUAUUUCGUCAAUCUCCUUCUUUACCUUCUUCGAUCCCCAAAACGUGUUCACCUAAACCACCCUCCAUUUUUCUCUCUAUCGAACUCAGAAACCUUCUUUCUCUCCGUCAAAAUCGUCGCUUGAACCCUUAAAACCUUCUUCUCUCAAUCGUUCCCCUCUUUGAACCCUAAAAUGAAAACUGAUUGAACCUAGAACUCAGAAAUCCUAAAAUUUAAUUGAAACCCUAGAAAUCAAUUGAAACCCUGGAAAUCAAUUGAACCCAGAGCUCAAUUCAUUGUCUUCGUUAACACUAGAGGCCAUUUGUCACCUUAUCUACCCAUUCCGAUGGCAGACUUGGCUGACAAGGACAUGAAGCAAAUUAAUGCUCUUAGGGUUCAAGAUCAUACAUUAAGGUAUCAUUUUUCAAUAUUCAAUAUGUCAAGUCGAAGCUGGAUCACAAUUGAACACACGCUACUAGAACAGGAUAAUAGUUUCCCCUGAACCACUAUUCUCUGCAUCAUUGUGCUCCUACUAAAUCAGCUUAAGAUGACCUCUCCAGAUACUCAUAUAUUCAUGGAACUUGCAAUACAACAGGCAAAAUUAGCUAUGGAUGCCCUCGAAGUACCUGUUGGUUGUGUAAUUGUUGAGGAUGGCAAGGUGAUAGCCUCAGGAAGGAAUCGAACUACCGAGACACGAAAUGCCACAAGACAUGCAGAAAUGGAAGCUAUAGACGUGCUUCUAGAACAGUGGCAGAAAAAUGGACUUUCAAUGACUGAAGUUGCUAAAAAGUUCUCAAACUGCAGUCUUUAUGUUACCUGCGAACCAUGCAUAAUGUGUGCAUCUGCUUUAUCAAAUUUAGGUAUAAAGGAAGUAUUUUAUGGCUGUUCAAAUGAUAAAUUUGGAGGUUGUGGAUCAAUACUAUCAUUGCAUUUAGGCGACACCGUGUCACCUAAUAAGGGUUUCAAAUGUGCCGGAGGUAUAAUGGCAACAGAAGCUGUCCUUCUCCUGCGAACAUUCUACGAGCAAGGAAAUCCAAAUGCUCCAAAACCUCACAGGCCUCUAGCACAACAAGCAACAACUUGAAUUUAAUCCUUUUUUUUUCCUUUGGGAAGGCAUUUUGUUUAUUUUGCGCUAGUUGGUUUCUGCGGCUUUUCAUCGUCUUUUGUUCACAAAGUGUUGUUAAUGGUUAUAAUUUAUAAUGAAUAUGUCUUGAUUAACAUUCAAAUUAUUGAAAACAAAGACACUUUUCAAUUUUUGCGUAAAUAGUGUUAUAUGUAGUGAAGAUGGAGCGAGAAUUUUCAUUGUUACAUUGUAUAUGCAAUUGGAAGAUUAGUUUGUUGCUAGUUUAUGUUAA